AUGGGCGCGGCGGUCCGAGGGAUCGACCUUUCCGAGGAGUCGGUCGGCGCCGCCGCCGCCCACGCGGCGGGCGACCCACUGAUUGCGUCGCGCGUCGCUUACCGCCGCUGCUCGGCGGAAGACGAGCUCGCCGCGGCGGCCGCGGAGGGGCGGGUCGCGUACGAUGUUGUCGUGGCGUCCGAGGUCAUUGAGCAUGUGCGGUCCCCCGGUGAGUUUCUGAAGACGCUCGCCGCGCUCGCAGGCGCCGGCGGCAGCGGAGAUGGGGCCAGCGGCGGAGGGGGUAGUGGCGGCGGGCGAGGUGGCGGGCGCGUCGUCAUCAGCACGCUCAACCGCACGCCGGCGGCGUUUGCGCUGGCGGUAGUGGGCGCUGAGUACGUAACCGGCCUCGUGCCGCGCGGCACCCACGACUGGAGCAAGUUCAUAACGCCCCAGGAGCUGGCCUUGAUGGCCUCCGAUGCCGGGCUGGAAGUCGAGCAGGUCGCGGGCAUGGGGCUGGACCCGCUGCGGCGAGGCGGGCGGUUCGUGCUGACCGAUGAUCUGGGGGUCAACUACAUCGCGCUGCUGCGGGCGCGGGGCGGCCAGUGA